AUAUGUAGGUGCGUAUCAGAGAUGCAUCACCAGGUACCUAAAGUAGGAUCUAAAAUCCAAAACCCCUAGCCUCCAUCUCCAAAUCGCGGGACGGCGGCGGGACAAGCCGAGCCAACUAACUAAAACCAACUACAGUAAGCUACGUCACCCACUAACUCUAGGCGGAAACUCAGCUUUUUAUCCUUAAACUUCCAAACCACGGAAGACUUUCAGACUUAAAUCUUUCCAACCUUUUUCAUAAAAACUGCCCUCGCACUUGAUUCCAUGAUUUCAUAAACGAUUAGAUAAUUUAUAUUGUUUCAUUUAUGAUUUGCAAUUUCUUUUCGCUUUCGUUCUCGAUACCCCCUUAGAUACCGAUGUUUUGAUAACGUUGAUACCACCCGAUGGCAUUUCCCCUCGCGUCGGGAUUCCCUAAGCCUCUAUGAUUGAAGUAUCGCCAAGCACCAUUCGUUCAACUGAACUGCGGGAUCAUCAGUAAAAGAUCUGUAUUUGAUUUUAAAAAUUGCUUUUCGUUAUGGCUUCCCAUAACUCUUCUGGGCUUGCCCCAGUUGAGAAUGAGGAUAGCUUGGAGAUCCGCCGAAGUCUGGAGCUCCGUGUGGAUUUACGUGUUGCUACUUUAGCUCUGAGCUCCGAACCAGAGCUCGCCCCUCUUACUUCGUGUAACGCUUCAUCACGCCCAGACAUACAGCAACCCGGCGAGAUAGACAUCCAACCAAAGAAGAUUCCAGACUGGAGUAAUCUGAAAGUCAUUCACCGCAAUACGUUGCCUCCUCGGAGUCAUUUCCAUCUCUAUAACUCCGAAAGCGACGCUCUUUCAAGGGAUGUGAGCCGCUCCAGAGCUGCGUUGCUCUCCGGUACUUGGGGGUUUGAACUUCCACCAGGUCCAUUCAAGGGCUCGCAAGACUUUUAUAAGCCCAACUUCGACCAUACGGAAUGGAAGCUCAUCAAGGUUCCGGGCAUGUGGCAGCUUCAAGGGUUUGGAAAAGGCCCUCAAUAUACUAAUGUGAACUACCCUUUUCCAGUAGAUCCACCAAAUGUCCCAUAUGAUGAUAACGAAUGCGGUCGCUAUAUCACACGAUUCUUGGUGCCGGAUACUCUGAAGGAUGGAAGUCAAUGGCGGUUACGGUUUGAAGGCGUCGAUUCUGCUUUUACGGUUUGGGUGAACGGGAAGGAAGUUGGUUAUUCGCAAGGCUCGAGGAACCCUAGCGAAUUUGAUAUUUCCGCACAACUUGACAUCGACGCCGAGAAUACUCUUUGCGUGGAGGUCUAUCAGCGAUGCGAUGGAAGUUAUAUCGAAGACCAGGACCAAUGGUGGCUUAGUGGCAUUUUUAGAGAUGUCUGGUUACAUUCGUUUACCCCCGUUCAUUUUGAGGAUUUUCAUAUCCAGACCAUCCUAGAUGACAACUACGAGGAUGCUUGGCUCACGAUUGACGCUAAGCUGAAUAAGGACGGCGAAACUAUCUCGGCUAAGCUUCUUGAUGAUAAAGGUGAGGUGGUCUUCUCUGAUUCACACUUAUCGCAAUCCCGGUCACACAGAUUUAAAUAUCAAGUUAAAGAUCCUCAGAAAUGGACUGCGGAAACCCCGUACCUAUACUCCUUGGUUCUCUCCGUUGGAUCAGUCUACGUCACUCAGCGGGUCGGGUUUCGUAGGGCCGAGCUCAUUGAUGGCGUCUUCUCCGUGAACGGGAGUCCCGUCAAGAUUCGUGGGGUCAAUCGCCAUGAACACAAUGCACAAUCAGGGAGAACCGUUCCAUAUGCGGACCUACGGUGGGAUCUUCAAUUAAUGAAAUAUUAUGGCGUUAAUGCUAUUCGCACGUGCCACUACAUCAAUGAUCCAAGGUUCUAUGACCUUACCGAUGAAAUGGGAUUUUGGGUGUUGGAUGAAGCUGACCUUGAAUGCCACGGGUUUGGCGAAGUCGGCGGUAAUCCAGCAAGUUUCACGUCCGAUAAUCCUGAAUGGAGGGAUGCAUAUAUAGAUCGUGCGGUACAAAUGGUUCAGCGAGAUAAGAACCAUCCUUCCGUCAUCAUGUGGUCUCUCGGGAACGAAGCUUUCUACGGUAACAAUCACCAAGCCAUGUACGAUGCCAUAAAAGAAAUCGACACAACCCGCCUCGUGCACUAUGAAGGUGACCAAGAAGCCAAAACCGCAGAUAUUUUCAGUCGGAUGUAUACUCCUGUUGACCAGAUGAUCAAACAUGCGGAGGAGAAGAGUUGGAAGAAGCCUUUCGUCAUGUGCGAAUUCAUUCACGCGAUGGGUAACGGUCCGGGUGCCAUGAAAGAGUAUAUCGAAGCUUUCUACAAGUACCCACGCCUCAUGGGAGGUUUUGUGUGGGAGUGGGCUAAUCACGGUCUGGAAACUGAAUCGAAAGAUGGCGAAAGGUAUUAUGGAUACGGCGGCGACUUCCAACCCGAUGAACCGAAUGAUGGUAAUUUCGUGAUGGACGGACUUUGCGAUUCGCGACAUUUCCCUGGUCCAGGACUCGACGAAUAUGGAAAGGCUAUCGAACCAGUACAGAUACUCGGCGUGAAAGGCAACGAAGUAACGAUUAUAAAUCGCUACGACUUUCUGACCUUAGACCAUCUUAAAUGUUACUGGGAACUCAUUUCAGACCGACAGCAGAUGAUUGGAAAAGAGAUACUCAUCCCGGCAUCAAUUAAGCCCCAUACGAAUGCGACCUUAGUGCUCGGUGGUCUUCCAAUGACUCUAUCGGCAGAUACAUGGCUUCAGCUAGAGUUUAUGGCACGUCGAGAAAGCAAAUGGACACCACCCGGAAGGGUUGUAGCCCGCGGUCAAAUUUCCCUUACAGUGCCUCAAUCCCUUACACUCCUCAAAUCCCUUUCCUCACCAAGUCGUCCCCAUAUCCAACGUAAAGACGGAAUGCUCUACGUCACCCUUUCUAAAGGCACAACCUUCGGCUUCGAUACCGGUAACGGUACUCUAUCCUCCCUAACGCAUACUUCGAAGCCAGACGACAACCUCAUCACCGUUCCCUUAGCUCUCGACUUCUAUCGCGCGCUCACAGACAACGACCGUGGCGGCCACGGCCAAGAAUGGAUCGACCGUCGCGUCCACCAAACACGUAACCAUUUCUCACAACUAACCGUUACCGAGACAGAAUCUAGUUGCACCAUCGUCGUCAAAGGCCGCGCCGCACCACCCGCCCUCGCCUGGGGUGUCGACACCACGACAACAUAUACCCUAACAUCUUCGCACUGCAGCAUCCGCGUACAAGCUAAGCCCAACGGAUCUCUCCUCCCCUCCACAUUCGCGCGCUUCGGCCUAUCCUUCGGUCUCCGCGGUGUGCGAAUCAUAGAGUGGUUCGGUCGGGGCCCAGGUGAAUCCUACCGCGACCGUAAACGCGCGCAACUAAUCAAUACAUGGGGUUUCUCGACCGCAUACCCCGACGCGUUAUUCCGACACUAUGAAUUCCCACAGGACGCCGGGAACCGGACGGAUGUUCGAUGGUUGGAACUACGUUCCCAUUGGGGCGGCGAAGACGUGUUUCCCGAUCGACUACUCCGCGCGCGCUUUGGCGAUCAUAAAGGUGCGAGUUUUAGCGUUAUGCCGUAUACCACGCGCGAUGUGGAUGAGUGUACACACCCGUAUGAACUGAGGAAGAGGAGGAGAGAGGAUCAUAUCGUUAGGUUGGAUUGGUAUCAUCAUGGUCUUGGUACGGCGAGUUGUGGGCCUGCUACGUUGCCUGAGUAUCAGUUGAGGACUGAUCAGGAAUUUGAUGUUGAAUUGUUGUUGGAUUGAGUCGUUGGUUUUUUAUUGUUGUUUUUUAUGUGUGUUCAUUUUUGGAUACUGGAAAGAAUCCCUCGUAUGGUAACGUGAGGCGGCUCUACCGUCAACUUUGAUUUAUUCAGCCUGUCAGAGUUGUCUAGAUCACGAUAGCAAUGAGGAAUGUCGUCGAAAGCAUACGUUCUAUUUUCGUUGUGCGAUUGUACCUCGAAGUACGCCGAAAUCUAAGUAAUCGAAAGUUCGAUGUUUCCCACGUCUUCUGACUUUCUCCCCCCGUUACAUCUCCCCGAGUAUGGCUAUAUUGUGCCAACUCUUGUUAAGCUGAAAUCAUGUCAUAGCAUAAACAACCAUAAGUCAACGCGACUAAGACCUCGCAGCUAUAUCUGCGUCCAGAAAGCUAAUGAGAUGAAUACCACGCCAAACAGCAAACAUAUUACAUAAUAAAA